GAGAAAUUAACACCGCCUCUUCCUUUCUUCACGAAAAGAAAAAACAAGCUCGAAAGUAAGCAAUCCAGGGAAGCAUCCCCAACGGAGCAACAAGGAAAAAAACUUCGAAUUUUGCAAGACUAAAGUCAAACCAGAAUGGGGAAAAAGAAGAACGAAGAGAGAGUGCAAACGAAGACUCCGGGACGGAGAGAACCUGCGGACAAAGGAGAAGAAAAAGAGAAAGAAGAACACCAGACGAUGGAAGUACUAAAUGUCCCAAGAAGUGUGAAAUGUAGAGUGAAUGAAACUGCCAUCAAGCCAACAGUAAAACAAAGCUUGGGGGAGAAAACGAAAACCCCAAUUGUCAAAGAACUCCGCAGGGACUACACAUUCAUCGAAGAAGAUGAGGAUUCCGAUGAAAAUAUCCCAGACUCAUGGGAAGAAGAGGAACCAACGACCCUCAACACAUGGAGGAAAGAGACGGAGGGGCAGCCCCAGAGGACCCCAGCAGAAGGACACAAGAACAAAAAAGACAAGGAACUAGGAGGGAGUUUUCCAAACCAGCACGGACUGGGGAAAACCUCUGAAGAAAAAGAUGAAGAGGCCAAUGACCCGGAUAACAUAACGGCCGAAAACUCAAAAACUUCCCAGACAUUACGCAAGAUGGCCAAAAUUGACAGGUCAUUUAUGAAGACACUCUUGUCGCUGGCAGGAGGAGCAGAAGACAAGGAAGCACUAUUGGACAAACUCCUGACAGAGUUCACCAAGCUGAAGAGCCUGACGUUAGAGGCCACACAUGAAGUGGCAAGACUUCAAGGUACUUUAAGUACAACAAGGGAGCAAACUGUCAGCAAAGACACGUACGCAGACAAACUAAAAAGUCAAAGCAAAAAUGAAGGAUCGGGAGGAGAAAUCCCCAACUUCUUUGAGGAACAAGGAAAAGAGAGUGACAAAAGGGAUGCAAAGCUAGCUUUGAUCAUCACCUCAGACAGACUGGACAAGGAUGAAAUAAAACAGAUGGACAAAAGGAAAGUCGACCCACAGAGAUUGGGAGUUCCGGAACCCAAGAUGCGCCCCGGAAAGGAGGGGAUCGUGAUCAUGUCCUCAUCCAAGAAAGGACUCCAGCGACUUGAGGAAUUCAUCAAAAAAGAUGAUGAAUUGGGAAAAAAACUAAAGACAAGGCAACCUAAAGGGAAGCAGCCGGAGAUUAAGGUCAUCGGCAUAGAUGAGGAAAUGGAAAACGAAGACAUUUCAAGAAGGAUCAUUGAACAAAACGAACUCGACUGUACUUUGAAAAGUGUACAGGUCACAAGGACUUGGAAGGGAAAGAAUGGUAACACAGCCAUCGUCUCCCUAAAUGUCCAGGCGUGGCAUGAGCUUAAGGACAAAACCCACCUGAACAUCGGGUGAGAGAGAUGCCCAGUUUACGACAACACUUUCGUUCCAAGGUGCACCUUCUGCGCAAAAUACGGACACACACAGAGGUGGUGCCAAGCACGAUCCCCCAAAUGUACUGAAUGCGGGGGCUCACACCACUACAAAGAAUGUAGGGUCGAAGACUAUGAAUGCCGCAUUUGCACGGAGGAGGGAACAGAGGCAGAUUCAGCGAAUCAUUCAAUGAUGGCCAUGACUUGUCCCACCUUCCUACGGAGGAGAGAGCAGGAGAGGAAGCGCAUCAUUAGGCAGCUUCAACUCGAGGAAGUUUAGGCAGCUACAAGUACACGUAAAACAGUAAGUACUUUUAUUCUUUCUUUUCUAUCUUCAAAAAAAAUGGCGAAUAUAACAUCAACUCAGCUAGAAAAAUUGGUAAUUAUACAGGUUAAUUAGGGAGAGCAUUUAAGGCAAAUGAAAAUUUAAAUAACUAUCAACAAGAGAAAAACCAUCAUAUUUCUAUGGUACAAGAACCAUAUCAUUUAAAAGGAAAGAUAAUACCAUUCCCAAUAAAAAAUAGAAUAAUAGCACAUAAUGACAAUCCAAAAGCGGGUAUAAUAUUUCAUUCUAGUUUACUAAACAUAUAUCCUGUACAUAUAGAAGAAGAACUAGUCGCGGUAACAGUAAAAUUCAAAGAUAAAGAAGCAUUAUUAAUCAAUUGUUACGCUCCCCCUAAAGUUAAUAUAGACAAUCUACUAGCUAAAAUAGACAAUGUUAUGCAAAAAGUAAAUAUCGAAAAUGUUAUAAUAGCAGGAGACUUCAAUGCUAAAAGUCACCUUUGGGGAGGCAGUAACCUUGACGAUAGAGGGGAAGUAGUGACAGAAUUCAUUAUAAAAACAAUCUAACGCUAUUAAAUGACAAUAAUAGCGACCCCACGUUCGAAACUUCACGCGGGAAAAGUUGGAUUGACUUAUCAAUUAUUUCGAACACCCUAAUUCAGGAAACAAAAAGUUGGAAGGUAUUAAAAAAUCCAUCAUACAGCGACCACAAAUUCAUAAAAAUUGAAAUAUUCGAAAACGUAAAAGUUCAUCUUUUUAAAACAACUAAAACAGGAAAGCUAAAAGCGCUAACAGAGUUAUUAAGUAUUAAUUGGGAAGAGGAAUCGCAAAAUCUUCAUGAUGCAGAAGACAUCGAACAAUUAAUUGGUAAAUUUUAUAAAACUCUAGAAAAUCUCUAUAAAAAACAUGAAAAACGCAUAACAAAAGAAAAGAAACAAGGAAAAAGUUGGUGGAAUUUGGAAUUGGAAAUUCAAAGGAAAAAAGUAACAGCAAUGAAAAGACGUUUUAAAAAUAGUAGAGGGGACAUAAGAGAAAUAUUUAAAGAGCAAUAUUAUGUGGAACAUAAUCAUACAUAGAAAAUAUAGCAACAGCAAAAAAGAAAGAUUGGGAGAAUUUUAUAUCAAAAAUAACAAAGAACCCUUUUAAUAUUGGAUAUAAAAUUGCUCGAAACCAGAUAAAACGACCAGUAAUCAUAAAGAGCAUGGUAAAAGACGACCAGACAACAACGAAUUCCCUCAACGAAACAGUUGAUUAUAUUUUAGGCAAAUUAUAUGCAAUAUCAGAAGAAAACGAAACAGAGAUAAGCCUAGGAGGUACCGACAUAAGUAACGAAGCAGAAAAGGAUGGAGAAUUUACACAGCAAGAAGUAGAGAUUGUAAUAAAAAAUUUAAAAAGAGAGGUCACCCCGGGACCAGAUAAUCUAACUACAGAAUUUAUUCAACUAAUUUACCAAAAGACGAAAACAUUCUUUAUUACAUAUUCAAUAGUUGUUUAAAAUUCGGAUAUUUUCCGGAAAAUUGGAAAAUAUCGAGAAUUAUAUUAAUUCCUAAAAAGAAAAACCAAAUUACCCCAUCAGAUUACAGACCCAUAGCAAUUAACUCAAUAUUCGGCAAAAUUCUAGAAAAAUUACUUAAAGAUCGGUUGUAUUAUUUUCUAAAUAAAAGAGGCUUACUCAUGAAAAACCAAUUCGGAUUUAAGCAUGGAACAUCAACAACACAGGCAUUAGAAAAUAUAAAGAAAAAAUUAGACCAAGCACUCUUGGACAAAGAAACAGCACUAUUAAUUUCAAUGGAUAUUAAAAACGCAUUUAAUACUAUUGACAAAAUGGAAAUAAUUACAUUCUUAGAGAAAAAUAGUUGUCCAAAAAACUUAAUAAAAUUAACUAACGCAGUCAUGACUAAUCGACGAAUCUCAUAUAAAAACGCAGAUUUGGGAAAAAUAUAUAGUUUAAAGAAAGGAUCCCCACAAGGAUCCCCACUAAGCCCACUGUUAUGGACAAUCAUGAUGACGGAAGUGCUUCAAAAAAAAAUAUCCAGAGAACACAUAUGUGCAAGCUUUCGCAGAUGACCUAACGAUCAUAGUUAAAGGAACGUCUAAAAGAAAUCUUCAAGAAAAAUCAAACGAAACCUUAGAUAUCAUACACAAAUGGGGUAAAGAAAAGGACAUUGAAUUUAACGCUACAAAAACGGAGUUUAUGAUAGAGAAAGGAAAAUAUUUCAAAAGUCCCCCAUUACUUAAAUUGGGAGGUGAAAGGAUAAAAAUGGUUCAUGAAAUGAAAAUAUUGGGUUUGAUUAUAGAUGAAAAGCUGUCCUUUAUACCCCAUUUAGACUAUAUUAAAGAGAAAGUAACAGACCUAACAGUCAAUUUAAAUAAAUUCACUGGGAAAAAUAGAGGAAUCAAAAACAAACAACUUAGAGAAAUAUAUAUAAGAGGAACAGAGAGAAUUAUAACUUAUGCAGCACCAGUUUGGUAUAGAAACAUUACUACCAUACUUAAAAGAUUAAAAUCAAUUCAAAGAAAACCGUUACUUUCCAUAACAAAAGCAUACAAAACGGUAGCAAAUAAUGCAUUAAAUGUCUUAGCUAAUGUACCACCUGUACAUUUGAGAAUAGAGAAAGAAAUAAAGUUACACAACAUUAUAAACAACGGUAAAGAGUUUAUUUGGAAAGAGAAGGCAUUCGAUUCAAAUAAUAUCGCUAAAAAUAUUGACAAAUGGCAAACGCACCCUACAAACAGGUUAAAAUUUAGCUUUAACAAAGAAGUACAUCAAACAACAGAGUACAAAAUCUAUACAGACGGCUCAUGCAAUGACAUUGGAGCGGGUUCUGCCUUCGUAGUAAUGAAAUCAGGAAAAAUAACAGAAGCAAAACAGUUUUCAUUGCCAAAUUACAGUAAUAACUUCGAAGCGGAAGCCAUAGCAAUAACA